AGAGGACCAGCGAGCGGAGGACACUACUGACGCGCGCGCACCGCUCCAUAACGCAUCACCGGCACGGCGCACACGGACCGUUUUUGGGACAUUUGCGACGUUUAAAAUACCUCAUCACACGGAUACAGUUGUCGUUUCUGUCAUUUGUUUUCUCAUUUUGGAGCAGCGUCAGACCUCACCAACGUCUCCGGGACUGUUUCCAUACUUUCACGUGCGCUUUCAUCUCCGGACAGCCCGGUCCAAGCGCGCGUCAUGCCGCUGUCUCCUACAUGUCUGCGCGCUUUUGUCAUUGUAAUGUGGCUCUAAUCGGCUGUCUGUGAACUCACGACAAUGCGACGCGACAUCUUCUAAAACAUCUCUGGACACUUUCUAUAUUUUUUGAUGUUAUAUUUUUAAAUUUCACGUCGUGAGGAUGUUCCCGUCCACCUGUAAGUUCGCGCUGUGGUGCGUGCUGCUGCUCCAAACGACGCGCUCCUCCUCCGGGCUAAUUACAGGUACGGAGGCGAGCUGUGAAAAUGAAGGAGAGGUGUUACACAUCCCAAACAUCACCGAUAACCCCUGCAUCACCUGUGUAUGCCUGGAGGGUAAAGCAGACUGUGCACAGGAGAAGUGUCCCGCUGUGUCUGAGGACUGUGCUCUGGUGGUGAAGCAGACUGGAGCCUGCUGCGAGCGCUGCAAAGGUUGCAUGUUGGACGGCCGAUCCUACAACAGCACUGACCACUGGACCACUCCCACUAAACCGUGCAUCAGUCGGCGCUGUCAGGAGGGAGUGGUGACAGAGGCUGAGGUGCAAUGUGUGGUACACUGUAAAAAUCCAAAGAUCCACCCUAAGAAGUGCUGCCCUACCUGCCCCAGCUGUAUUUUCGAGGGCCAUCUGUACAAAGAGAAGGAGGAGUUCAGUCCAGAGGGGCAGCCCUGUGUCAGAUGCACCUGUACUGGAGGCCGUACUUUGUGCAUGAGGGAGGUGUGUCCAGUUCUCUCCUGCCCUAGCCACCUAACCCACACCCCACCUGGGCAGUGCUGUCCCCGCUGUGUUGGCCAGAGGAAGGUCUUUGACUUGUCAUUAGGAAGCUGUUUGUUCCACAGUGAAGUUUAUGAGAACGGCACUUCAUUUCAACAUGACAACUGCACCACCUGCACAUGCAAGGAUUCCACAGUGGUGUGCCGGAAGCGCUGCUCCAAGCCAGGCUCUUGUCAGGGCGAGCACUGCUGUGAUGAGUGCCUGUCCUACGUCAAAGUGGAGGAGGUCAAGUACUGCCGCGUGCGCAACAAGAUCUACAGGGAAGGAGACAUGUGGUCCUCUGUCAACUGUACCCUCUGUGCUUGUGUCAAAGGCAACAUCGAGUGUCGGCCCAAACAGUGCGUGCCAAUCACCAGCUGCCCUUCGAAUAAGAUCCUCAACAGGACGGGCUGCUGUCCGGUCUGCACUGAAAAACCAGGAGUGUGUACCGUUUUUGGAGACCCUCACUACAACACUUUCGAUGGCAGGACCUUUAACUUCCAGGGGACGUGCCAGUAUGUGCUGACCAGAGACUGUGGGAGCGGAACGGUCACCAAUAACAUCAACAGCCCCGACUCCAGCUUUACGGUGUUGGUGAAGAACGAUGCCCGGCGUACACGUUCCUUCUCCUGGACUCAGUCUGUGGAAGUGCGCCUGGCCGGGCUGGUGCUUGGCCUCCAUCAGCACCUUACCGUGAGGAGGAACGGCACCCGCAUCGCCCUGCCCUAUCACGGCCCCGGGGUGCACAUCGACCUGGACGGAUACCUGCUCAAACUCACCACCAUCGCAGGCCUGGAGAUCACAUGGGACGGGGACAGUUUUGUGGAGGUGGUUGCUGCCCCUCACCUGCGUGGGCGUCUGUGUGGCCUUUGCGGGAACUACAACGGCCAGAAGAGGGACGACACCAUGGGCGGGGACAACCAGUUCAAGUUCGAUGUGGACGAGUUUGCUGAGUCCUGGAGGGUAGAGGGGAACCAGGUGUGCACCCAGCAGCACCCACCCAGACGACCCACCUCCUUCCUCUGUCCCGGUAGCGUCAAGGUUAAGUUCAGGGCCCACCGAGAGUGCCAGAAGAUCAAGUCCUGGGAGUUCCAGAAGUGUCAUCGAGUGGUGGACUUUGCACCGUUCUACAGGUCGUGUGUGACAGACAUGUGUGAGUGCCCGGUCCAUAAGAACUGUUACUGUGAGUCCUUCAUCGCCUACAGUCGGGCCUGUGAGAGGGAGGGGGUCCCUGUGCUCUGGAAGCCUGACACUGCCUGUGUCGCCACCCAGUGUAAACACGGAGCUGUAUAUGACACAUGCGGGCCGGGCUGCACCAAAACCUGCGACAACUGGAACGAGAUCGGCCCGUGCCACAAGCCGUGCGUCGCGGGCUGCCACUGUCCCGCCAACCUGGUGCUGUUCCAGGGACGCUGCAUCAGACCCACCUCCUGCCCCGGCCGGUGACCCCUGUGAGCCGGAGCACGCGGCUGACUCUAGUGCUACACUCAUGGGGCCAAACGAGGCAGGAACCAAGCGACGACCAACUGCUAUGGACAGUGGGAUGUUGGGAAGCCUCUCAUAGAAGCACCGUGUAACCUUUUGACUUCUGGGAGCAAAGGUCACGCUCACGGAGGCCCGACUUGCUGCCAGGUGCCAACUCAGGGGGCGAUUUCGGUGAACUGCCUCUCUUUUGUAUUUGUGCGCAUUGGACCCUCAGGAAAAGAGUGUGCCCCACGGACUCCGGUUUGAGCCAAAAUGGCGCCUCUCAGUGACUUUAGAAGAGAACCUCCUAUGAACCAUAUCAGUGCCCAUCAUUUCAAACUGUAAGCUAGUAAGAUUUAUAUGAAAGACAGACCUUAUUGUUCUAAUUAUUAUUAUUAUUAUUAUUAUUAUUA